UGACAUAUGAUAUCCUAACUGUACUACAAUUACACCACACUAGAGUAGAAACUGUCAGUCAAUAAUGCCGUUGUGUUGGAAAUAUUUGAUAUAUAUAAUUUUGAUUUCUACAUUAGGGUUACUUUACACUUUGUACGCAGUCAAAACACGAUUAGAUGUCGCGCAUUCACAUCACUUGAAUAAAAAAACGACCAACUCAGUUGUCGCUGAUUCAAUCAUCUUGGUUCCAAAUGCAAGGGAUGGAAAUGCACUUACAGAAUAUAAAGACAGUCUCGUCGUAAACUUUACCUUGCCUCGAAGGCUAUCAGCUAUUGCCGAUUCGCUUUGCCCGGAUGGAUUUUGGAACGAUGAUGAGCUAAUGUGGAACAAUUCAAAGACCAAUCAAUCAAGAAUUACAGAAUUUGAACAGUUUGUCAAAGCAAAGGAAUGGAAUUCUAAGGAACUAGAUGACCAACCUGUGUUUGUAACCGCGGCAUCAUCAAAUCAUUUCCAAGAGAUUGUGGAAAUGUUCAACAAUUUUAAUGAUCUACGGCAGCGUUUAAGCAGAGUCUGGGCUCUUUAUUUCUUUAAUUUAGGUCUAUCUAGAAAGGAAGAAGAAGCGGUGCGUAUCAUGUGUAACUGUUCAGUGAAAACGUUUCACUUCGAUCAAUAUCCCGACCAUGUUAAAAAUUUAAAGGGAUAUGCCUUCAAGCCGUUAGUUAUUCAGAUAAUUGCAAGGAAGCACAAAUUUGUUGUUUGGAUGGAUUCUUCCACAAGAUUUAAAAAAGCCGAUAUAAACAUACUUCUUGACGAAGGGAAAAAAAGAGGUGUAAUUGUUACACAAACUGGCGGCACUGUUGCACGACGAACGUUACCAACGAUGUUUCAGUACUUUAGCACGCAUCCAUGCAGGUUCCGGAAUUUGCCUGAAUUACAGAGUGGUUUUAUUAUAUUAUAUUUAAAUCCGUUUGUAAUUCAUCGAAUAUUUUGGCCUUGGAUUCGAUGUGCCCUCGAACUUGGCUGCAUGAUACCUGCUGUGAAUCCAGAAAUGUAUUUAAAAUGUAACACAUAUGGCAAUGUGUAUGGUGAGUGCCAUAGAUUCGACCAAUCAGCACUCGGCAUCUUACUGUAUACAUCGUAUGGCAAACAUAUAAGUGAGCAUACUUUUCACCAUAGAAAUAACAUGUAUUUGUCUUUUAUAAACCAUUGAUUCUUAUUGAUAUUUUUUUUAAAUAUUCAUGAAUUAUACGGCAUUACUAUGUGACCUCACUAGGUUUCGUUAUAAGAAAAAGCUUAAGAAGAAGACAUUUAUUACAACAAGCUAAUAUCAUAUUCAAGAAUGUUAUUUCAAACCUAUGCAAAAUACAUUUGGAUCCGUUUUAGAGUGAGGUAUCAUAAAAAUCAAUAAUUUGAAACUUUUGACAUGUUAACAUAUUUGUAACUAUUGUAUUCGAAACAUUAUUCUAAACAUAAAUGUAUUAAAUAGUCUAUACUACGAUUAAUUAAAGUAUUGUAUAUAAUCUUCUAAUAAAUAUAUUCAACAUUG